AUGGCCACCCAAAACAACGCCCAGGGCUCACUGUUGGAGGUGCUGAAGAAGAAGAUGCGCGCCAUGAAGGACGACCUGGAGACGACGCGCGAAGAGGCGGACGAAAACCUGCACAAGUACCAGACGGAAGUUCGACGACGCGAAGAGUUCGAAACCGAAGUGGCCACCCUCAACCGGCGCAUUCAGAUGAUCGAGGAUGACCUGGAGAAGAGCGAAGAGCGACUCCGCCUGACGACGGCCAAGCUGGAGGAGGCCCACCAGGCGGCGGACGAGAGUGAACGCGUGCGGAAGAUGCUGGAGAACAAGACGAACAUGGAGGACGACCGAAUCGCCUACCUCGAGUCGCAGCUCGCUCAGGCGCGCACCAUUGCCGAGGAGAGCGACAAGAAGUACGAGGAGAUGGCUCGCCGCAUUGCCAUGCUUGAGGCGGAUCUGGAGCGAGCAGAGGAGCGCGCUACCAAGGGUGAAAGCAAAAGCCUCGAGCUAGACAAUGAGCUGCGAAUGGUCGGCAACAACCUCAAGUCGCUGGAGGCCAACGAGGAGAAGGCACAAAUGCGUGAGGAGGUCUUUGAGCAGCAGAUCAAACUGCUGAAUGGCAAGCUGAAGGAGGCGGAAACUCGAGCCGAGCUGGCGGAGAGAUCAGUGCAGAAGCUGCAAGCUGAAGUGGACCGUCUUGAAGAUGAACUGAGCGGCGAGCGAGAAAGGUCUCACCUGCUUCAGGAAGAGGUGGAGACGACGCUGAAGGACUUGCAGUCCAUUUAG